AUGACUCCCCUGCAGCAUUCAACUCGCCUCUCUUCAACAUCCGUCGACUCGCUCGUCUCGGCAGGAUCCUCUGCUAGGUCAUCAUCUCUCGAUGGUUUCUCUAGUUCAGCUUCAUCGACGACCUCGCGACGUCAUCGCUUCCGCAUUCCAAGGCUCGACGGUCGGCCAGCGAGGAGGACAAGGAGCCAACGAUCGGCGAGCGAAGCCAGUCAUGGAGACGAUGACGACGAGGAGACGGGCAGACGACGCGCAGCCAAGCCUCCUCCGGCUGCUUCGCCUCUGGUCAGUUUGGGACUCGUGUCUGGAGAUGGAUUGAUGCUCUUCAUUACUUGCUUUGCAUCGCUUGGCGUCUUCUUGUUCGGAUACGAUCAGGGUGUCAUGUCCGGCAUCAUCACGACGCCCCACUUCAAAUCCUACUUCGAAAACCCUUCGCCAGCAGAAAUAGGCACAAUGGUCGCCGUCCUCGAGAUUGGAGCCUUCGCCACAUCCCUCGCCUGUGGUACCCUCGCAGACGUCUUUGGCCGUAAAGCCGUCCUCUUCUGGGGCGCUCUCAUCUUCUCCAUCGGCGGAGCAAUCCAGACCCUAACUACAGGCUUUACAAUCAUGGUCCUCGGCAGGGUAACGGCAGGCUUAGGGGUGGGGGUGAUGAGCAUGGUGGUGCCUACGUACCAGUCCGAGAUUAGCCCUGCAGAGAAUCGCGGCAAGUUGGCUUGCAUCGAAUUUACGGGCAACAUCUUGGGAUACUCGGCUUCAGUGUGGAUUGGCUACAUCUUCUCCUACCUUCCGUCGGACCUCUCCUGGCGCCUACCCCUCUCUUUUCAAUCCAUCAUCGGCAUCACCCUAGCGCUGGGCUCUCUCCUCCUUCCAGAAUCUCCGCGUUGGCUGGUAGAUCACGACAAGGACGAGGAAGCCAUGCGCGUGCUUGCCGACCUCCAUGGCCGUGGAGAUCCUAGAAGCAGAAAGGCUCGCCGAGAAUUUAGGGAUAUCAAAGAGUCGGUACUGACGCUCAGAGAUGAAGAAAAGGAGAAGGGAAGAGGCUACGGCGAGCUGUUCAGGCGGUACAAGAGGAGGACCUUCAUCGCGUGCUCGGCGCAGAUGGGAGCCCAGCUCAACGGCAUCAACGUCAUCUCAUACUACGCACCCAACGUCUUUCUGGAAGCAGGUUGGGUCGGCCGUGACGCGAUCCUUAUGGCAGGGUUCAACUCCAUCUCCUACGUCCUCGCGACAAUACCCACUUGGUUCCUCGUCGACUCGUGGGGACGAAGACCCAUCCUUCUCGUCGGGGCCCUCUUUUGUGCCCUUUUCCUGACGGGCAUGGGGGCAUUCAUCCGUCUCGAAGGAGCAUAUACGGCACAAGCCGUCGUAGGGUGCGUGGUCAUGUUUGAUGUGAGCCAUGGAAUGGCCUGGGGUGCCAUCCCAUGGUUGUUGGCGCCGGAAGUCAUGCCAUUGAGCUUCCGUGCCAAGGGAGCGAGUCUAGCCACGGCGACGAAUUGGCUUUUCAAUUACAUUGUUGGGGAAGGUACACCCAUCCUCAUGGAACAAAUAGGGUAUCGCCUCUACCUCAUGCACGCAGGUUUCUGUCUUUGCUCCUUCUUGCUCGUCUACUACUGCUACCCAGAGACGGCAGGCAAGAGUCUCGAGGAAAUGGACGUCGUCUUCGGGGAUGCGCUGCCUUUGGAGGAUGAAGAAGAUGAUAGCGACGAUGAGGACGAGGAUGAUCAGGAGGAAGCGGGGAGGGGCGGGGGGCCAGGUGGAAAUGCCGCUCGACCGCUCAUGAUUGGGCCAGGCGCUGAUGCUGGGUCUACGUCUGGUAGCGGACGCGGGUGGGGAUCCAGCGGCGCCAAGAGCCAAUAUCAACAAGUUCAGCAGACCGAGUAA